AUCGUACAUUUUGUACUUUGACGUCUGCAAGGCAUCGAUUCCUCGCCGUCCUCGCCUCGGAUACGCGGCGAGCUGUUAUAAAUUAUUGAAGGAGUCUCUACAGCGUGUCGAUAUCGCGCGCUGUGUUCCAUUGACAUUUGAGAGAAAUUGAAACUCCAUUAAUUCCGCGCGUCGCGCAUUUUUCAUCCUCUUCGACGCGGCCACCGUCUUUUAUUUUCUCACGGACGUUCCGUCACCUGAUAGAUUCCUUUUUGUCGGAAUCAGACGACCACGUACGACCGAUCGCGGCGCUAUCCGCUUCUAUCCGUAUCCUUGUAGGUAUUGUAAAAAGUACCGUUACGCGUCAUACGUAUAUACGGCUAUACGCGCGAGUUUCACGUUGUGUAUGUGUGUGAGUAGUGCGACGACUGACGACGAUCGUGCGCUGUGCGCCUCGCGACAGCUCGGCUCAUUCGGCUGUAUCGCCGAAUACAGCUGUCGACGCUUCGGACAGAGCCGAGGCUCUAGCAAAACUCGGCGUCCGGUCCGUUUAUUCUGUUUCUCCCUACGAUCCGAUUCUUGUUUCACCUCUGCUACCCUUCUGCGCGAGAAUGCGAGACCGCGGACGAACGUAGGAACACGAGUCUCCUCCCGAGGAAGGUACGGCGGCAGAGAGACGUGUGCCUGCCCCGCGAACAGGCCGCGGUUAUGUUUUUCGAUGGAGAGCACUUUAGCGACAAUGGCAGCAACGUCCCCGUCGAAGAGGAGACUGCAGAAGGAGUUGAUGUCUUUAAUACGUGAGCCUCCACCAGGUGUACACGUAGAUGCAGAGUUGGCUGGACAAAAUUUGACGCAAUGGAUCGUCCACAUGGAAGGUGCCAAGGGCACGCUGUACGAGGGGGAACAAUUUCAGCUUCAAUUUAAGUUUAGUUCAAAAUACCCGUUUGAUUCGCCAGAAGUGACUUUUAUUGGUGGAAAUAUCCCUGUACAUCCACAUGUCUAUAGUAAUGGUCAUAUUUGUUUAUCCAUAUUAACGGAAGAUUGGUCUCCUGCUCUCAGUGUGCAAAGUAUCUGCCUGAGUAUCAUUUCCAUGCUAAGCAGCUGUAAAGAAAAGAAGAGACCGCCUGACAAUACAUUUUAUGUGAAAACUUGUAACAAGAAUCCAAAAAAGACAAAAUGGUGGUAUCAUGAUGACAGUGUCUAACAUUGAAGAUCAUAUAAAAAUCUUGUCAACUUGUCAACAUUUGUUGGACCAAGUGGGAUGACAUCCAAAUAUGGAACCUGAUGCAUUAAAUCAAUAGAAUUUUUGCAUAUAAUAUUAUAUUAUAUAGUAAAGUCAAUAUAACAAGAAAUUAGUACUUUUAAGGAAAGACAAGGCUACAACUUACUUAUUAUUAUAAUUAUAGAAUUAAUGCAAACUGCGUGAAUUGUUUAAUCAUAAAUUAUUGCAAUGUUGCUGAUAGCGAAGCAUAUUUUAGUUAUAGAAUUACUAUCAGGAUCAGUGA